UGUUCAAUGUAGAAUACGUUUCAAAUGUCCUGGUUUUGUAGACAGACUUGCAUCCGUUCAUAUUUGUAAUGAGCCAUGAGAAAUUUAUGAGUCCUGUUUGUGGGGCCAUCCUGUGCGAGCUGGACAGGUAAUAAAUUUGAUCCAUCUUGUUACCUUACAGACAUUCUACACUUAAGCAUUUAGCAGGCUAAUUCAGAAGUCAAAUAUGAUUUUUGUCAAAGUAUUCUGCUUUUUUCUUCUCAUCGGCUUGUCUUUCGGAAAGAAAUUACCUGAUGGAGUCUGUGUCACCAAGCUAGUGAAAGGGAAACUCAUCUCUGUGGGAGAUUGCAAGAAAGGCGACGGAUCUGAGAUUGCCAACCUGAUUAAAGAAAGUCUCGCAAAGAAGCAACAACAAAAAUGUGACGUCACAUACAAGAAAAAAUGCUUCCGAGCACGAUGCCGAACCAACUUGCGAAUCAAUGAACGGAAAACCCGCGAAUAUUUACGACCUCGCCCAUUACCAGCUGCUGCUCCCUCAUCUACGUUCACUGAUUCCUGCUGGUCAGACAUAUAUUGA